UUUAUUUUGUAAUGGUUAACCCGGAAACUGAGGCACGUUUGUAAACUACAUGUGUUUAGUGUACAUAUUCAGUCAAAUAGCUGACAGAGGAUCGUGGCAUGAACGAUCUUGUUGGAUUCCCAAUAAAGAAACAUUUACGUCAUUGCUGUGCUGAUCACGGACUAACUAUUAUCAAUAAUAUUAGAAGCUCGCUGGAUAUGUGUUGAUUAUCCACUGCUAGCCAACAACAAAACAUUAAGACUGAGUUUGGGAUGUUGCGGCGUCCCAAGCCCACAGACAGUGAGGCGGAUCUGCUCCGGGAGCAGCAAGAACUUCUGGCGGCAGGCGGCCAGUCCACUGUCACUGUAGUGAAGCGCCCUGAUAAACGCAGAGGAGAUGCUGCAGCUGCUGAUGCACAUGAGCAGGAAAAGCAGAGAGAUGUUGUAACUAUUGAAGAUCUUCCAGAUGAGAUUCCCACCUUGACCCCUGCAAAAAAGUCACGCUUUAAACAGGAGCGGGUGCGUUUUGAAGAUGAGGACCCAGAAGAGCGACUGGACAGGCAUGAUACUCAUAUCAGUGCUGUUCUCUCCAGGAUCAUUGAGAGGGACACGAGUGCAGUUCCUGUGUCGCUCCCAUGUAUCACAGGCACUGCUUUCCCUAAAGUCUUACGUAGAUCUGUAGUGGAAAGUGAGAGGCAGGAAAGAGCUCCUAGAGGAAGAAAAAGUAUUUUUGCACGUCAAAUUGCAGCACAGAGGUCUUUAAAUGGUUCAGAUACUAGAGAUAAGUCUUCUGCAUCUAGACAUGUGGGCUUUUCACCACUGGAGAGCAUGGAGACUGAGCGACCUGAAUCAGAUGUUAUGGACCGUGUUGGUGGCCCCUUGCUACUUUCAGGUCAAGGACUUGGGAUUGCAAAUAGUGCCAUGGAGACAAUGAAAAUCCAUGAGGAGAAUCAGGCAAGGUUGCAGGCGAUGUCCAAGAGUGAGAUAUUGGAGGAACAGAGGAAGCUUCUGGCACAGCUUGACCCUAGAUUAGUGGAUUUUGUGAGAUCCCGGAAGGCACAGAGAACACCAGGAUCCGAGUCAUCAUCCAGUCCUGUGCAACGUCUGCCUAAUAGCUCUUCUACAGAGUUAGACCACAUAAUAAAAGCACAGGAAUCUCAAAGGGAUACCAUGGAGGAAGAAGAUGAGAAUCAGCUUGUAGUUCAACCUCCAAUUACAGAGGAGGAGCUGCCCAUCAAGCCACAGAAGGAGUGGCUACACAUGGACAAGGUGGAGCCAGAAAAACUGGAAUGGACAAGAGAUCUUCCUGCACCCAGGAUGCUCAGCACCAAAAAGGCUAUGCAAGCACGUUUUGAUUUUGCUGGCACUCUCAUCCCACCCAAUAAAGACUUGCCCACCCAUUUGGGCCUGCACCACCAUGGAGAGGAGCCAGAGCUGGCUGGCUACUCGCUGCAAGAGCUUUUCCUCCUCUCGCGCAGUCAGCUCAACCAACAGCGCAAUCUGGCCGUCAGCACUCUCGCUAAUGUCCUGACCAAAGCCCGUGCUGGUGAGUUCAAUUCCUCACUGAAGGGCAGCAUUUUGUCUUCUUUACUGGAUGCUGGACUCCUUUUCCUUCUGCGUUUCUCCCUGGAUGACGGUGUGCAGGGUGUGAUGUCAGCAGCGGUGCAUGCCUUGCGAGCUCUGCUGGUUUCAUCUGAUGAUGAAGAGUGUUUGGAUAAUGCCUUCCCAUGGCUGCUCGGGAUGGCAACCUUUCCUUUGCUGCCAACUGCUCAGGAGGAUGAGGAUGAGGAAGAUGAAGGCUUGGAUGAGGCCUUAAAAGAAACAGCAAAGGAGAAAGAAGAAAAGAAAACGGAUCAUGAUGUUGCUAGGCAGGAUGUUGUCAAGGGCUUUCUGAAGAUGCAGGGUCUUCAUCGGCUGCGCUACAUCCUGGAGGUGGUGCGGCCCUCUCCCCGGGUUGUUCUCGAUAUUCUAGAGGUUCUGAUCCGAAUCGCUCGCCACUCGACUGCUGCAGCCAUACAGAUCUUGGACUGCCCGCGGCUGAUGGACACUGUGAUUUCUGAGUUUCUUCCCUGCUCCUGGACUCCUGCCGCCUCCCAGGCUCCAUCUUCUUUGUAUGGGCUGCCUAUUGCCUUGGCGAUGAAGCUGCUUCGUGUUUUAGCAAGUGCAGGGAGGCAUGCUUGUGCUAGAAUACUAAACUCUCUAGGAGGGAAGGAGCUUUUGUCACGUUUUGUGGUUGUGGAACCAUCAGAGAUGUUGCUGGAAGCAGGUGAAGCUCUUCGCUGCAGUACAGAGGCUUUGAGGUUAUUCGCAGUUGCUGCCGGCUACGGACAGGCUUGCAGUCUUUACAUGGACCUGUAUCCUGUGCUGGUGAAGAGGUUGCAGGCUGGGAACCGGCCGUGCGCUUCAUCUGAAGCUGUGCUGUUUCUGGAGCUGGACCGAAUCAGAGCUCUGCUGGUGCUGCUUACUCAGGUCACACAAACAGCAGGAUGCCAUGAAGAACUGCAGAGAGGCCUAGUCAAUGCUCAGGGUACAGAGUGUCCUCCACCUCCUCCUGUUCUGUGGAGUCAUGUGACUGGUCUCCAGCCCACUGUCAUUAGCUCUCUCAAGGGCUGUGUGAGAGCACUCGAUGGCUCGUCUCAAAUGUCAAGUGCUCUGAUUCUGCUUCCAUCCUACCUGCUCUACGUGGAGGCGUAUUAUUCACAGCUCUGUGUGCAAAGCUCUUUCCAGCCGGUACAGUGUCUACAAGAACUAGAGUCACUUACUUCAGAUGUGCUUCUGCCCCUGAUAUCCCACCAGGCCAUGGAAAAUAUGACCAGCAGCUUCAGGUCCAACUCUGUGAUCUGUAACCCCGGGCUGAGUGCCCCUGGUGGGGAGGUCGUCCCCAGUCUGCCAGGCCUGUCCUGCUCAAGGCUGAUGAACUCCAGCACAAUGGCUGGGCCCAACUCCCCUCUGCCCCUCCCUACUGCCCUCCUAUACCUGCUGAACACCAUCACCUCCAUCCACAAGGGCUUAAUUAAGAAGUUCAGUCGUCUCAUCCUCUCUGACUCUGUACUGAGCUAUCUGCAGUCUUGCAUCGGAGCCAUGCCCUCAGUUUCUCACAUGAGCUCCUGGAUUUUACGCCAUGAGCACCACCUGCUGUAUCUACUGCUCAGACUGGCUCACAAGCUGGUUCCAGUUGAACCAGAGGUGGCCAAACACGCUUCCUUGUUCCACCAAGUAUCGUUGGCUUUAUUGUCCUGGCUUCUGCCUGGCAGUGAAUACUUGGCACAUGAACUCCUGUCUGUCACGACAUUCAGCCAUAGCCUCCUUCCGGAGGGUGGUUGUGGUGAACCAGAGGUGGCUGCAUUAGCCGAGUUGCAGCUCAAGGAAAGGACAUCACCUGCCGUUGGUGCCCUGCUAUGUGACGCUCUUAAUCAUUUGCCCUCCAUCCGUGGUUGCUACCUCACCCACCUUGCUCACAUGGAACCCUCUGUCCUUUCAUCCCGUGACCGGUACCUUGGCAGAACACCUUUUAUCAGCUCUCAUUUUCUACCUGAGCUUACUGGCCCCUCCCUGCCUUCCGACUGGCCCUUCUUACCGCUCAUCAGUCUCUAUGAGCGAACGGGAUGGUCAGCUGGCGGUGGGCAGCAGGUCGAGUCUCUUCCAGCCGGGUCAGUACAGUCAGCCACUCACUGCCUUCAAUGGCUGCUUGUUCUGGAGAGCUGGAGGGAGCAGGCGCUCACGGCAGUGCCACCAGUGGCUAAGUUAGCCCGGCUAGCCUGUGUCUUUCUGUGCUCCAGUGACCUCUUCCUGGAACGGCCUGUUCAAGAGCUUACUUGGGCGCUGUUUCGCAGGCUAACACAACCAGCCCAGCUUGAGGCGCUGGAUCUGGGCUCAGCUCCACCAGGCCUGGCUUCCUUUCAUGACUUAUACUCGGCUCUACUGGUGCAGUAUGAGGCUGUGUCAUUCGGUGACCCACUCUUUGGCUGCUUCAUGCUUUUGCCUCUACAGCGGCGCUACAGUGUCACCAUGAGGCUGGCCAUGUUUGGGGAACAUGUGGGAAUGCUGCGAUCGCUGGGGGUCUCGCUGCAGCAGCUGCCUGUUCCAUUGGAGAAGUUCACGUCCCCCAUGGAGGACUCCCUUCCUCUGUUGCGGCUGUACUUUCGAGCACUAUUAACAGGAGCUCUGAAGAGGAACUGGUGUCCUGUACUUUAUGUCGUCGCUAUUGCCCAUCUCAAUGCUUUUAUCUUCUCCCAGGAUGCAGUGACAGAGGAGGUGGAGGCAGCACGUCGGAGCCUGCUAAGAACGACCUACUAUCUGACAGAUGAGGUGUUGAAAAAUCACCUUCUUCUUUUUCGACUGCCCCAGCAGAAUUCAGAGCUGGGCUUCAGCACUUAUGAACAGCUGCCCCCCAUUCGUGCCCACAGGUUGGAAAGCAUUGUAGGAACUGAAGAGAAAGGGGGAGAAAGAUGAAAAAAGGAAAAAUCCUGGUUCCGUAGUUUCCUAGGUGAUUUGUGAGCUUACUGUCCUAAUAUAUCUGUGAUUUUUGACCUCUUAGGGACAAACCAUAGACUUUAAAAUAAAUAUUUGUUUCUCAUGAA